AGACUACGUGAGACUGGAAUUUUUUAUUGCGCCGACGCAGAGCGUAAUAAGACCCGAUACGUAUUGAUACUAGCGUUGUGGAGAGAUGAUCAAGGUUCUAUGAUUUAUAUUCCAUCGCAUGGGUAUUUUUCUGUUACUUUGCGAAAAUAUUAAAACUUAGCUUAAGCCCACAUCGGGAAUAUAUACGGGGAAGUACCUUAAUGAAUAACGUAUGAUUGUUCGGAACCAGUACCGUAUUGCUGCAAAACUAAUUGCAUAAAUAAAAUUUUGGUACACUAGACCAAAUAGAAAAAAAAAAGAAAAUAGUUGCUUUACAAACUGCGUUUGCAGAUCACUCUUUAACUAUUUUUUUGUCUUCGAUAGAUGCAAGCAACUUUGUUAAACCAAAAAUAGUGGUUGGACCAAGUUGGUCCACAUACUAUCAAAUAUCUUAUUUAAAUAACCGGACUUCCAUAUGGUUUCAUUUUUUUUUUCAUUUUUCCUUAAUAAUAUCUUUCUGAAAAUAAAUUUAUUGUCGGAAAUCCGUUGAUAUUUAUCAAAAUCGUUAAUGGACAAACCUUUCACCCACUGGAAAUUUUCUUAAAUUAGUUGUGGCCUUGUUCCAUUUUUUGACCUUGAAUUGGUUAGAAUACAUUGUUCAUCGAAACAAAUCCGUAUCCCAACCGUUGAAAUACCAAUUGUUAAUAAAACCCGUGUGAAAUAAUUUUGUUGGAAAUUUAGUGAUCAUCUGACCAAAUCAGCAUAGAAAAUUGUCUCAAACAUCCCUUCUCCUUUUGAUUCACACUUAUUGAGAAACCAUUCUCAUCAUUCCAAUUUGAUGAGAUCAGAAUCAACUGUCACUUCUUGAACAAAGUCCCAGUUAAGCAAAUACUGUUUCCUGUCGAAUUUUUUUAUCAUUACCUCCUCGCAUAAAGUACGAGAAUCUGAAAGAUGGCGGAAACAUACCCAAUUUCAUGCAUAUCCUGUCGAAGGAAGAAGGUAAAGUGUAACAAGCACAAACCCUGCAAUCAAUGUAAAAAGCGUCAAAUUGUUUGCCAAUUCCCUUCAACGUUUCGAAACAUCCAGAUUAAGGAAAAUGAAUAUGAUGACAAGCUCGAUAAUGUCGCCACUAGUCAAUUCGAUAAUCACGAGGGUGACAAUCAGUCCAUGAAGAUCAAAAAGUUGAACUCAGAAAAGGCUGAAAUACUCAACAAGAACUAUCAAUUGAACGAGCAUGUCAAGCAGUUGACGAAGCAGCUUGAACUGAUGAACGUUCAAUCCAACUAUUUUAUAGAAGAUCUCGAAAAUCUGUCCUCUCUGGACCCAUCAAAGUCUUCCAAGCCUCCUUCAACCUAUAAACCCGAAAGCUUUAAGAUCUCGGGUGAAACAAGUGAGUUGGGUAACAAGUAUUAUGGACCCCAGAGUUCAAGUUUUAUGAUAGAAACCCUCAAGAACACCCAGUUCAUCAAUGACAACAACUCCUCAAGGAACUACCUUGAUAUAGAUAGUGACAUUAAGUUUGAAGGAUCAUUGAUCAAGAAACCAUUGCCCAAAUUGAAGCCUGGAAUAUCCACUUCAGAAAAUUUGAACAUCAUUUACAGGCUAGUGGAGAAGUUCUUUCUGAACUUGUCUUCCAACUAUUAUAAGACAUUUAUUUCCAAGCAUCAGUUAUUGGACUUUGUCAGGGAUUAUCCCAAUAUUGAUAACAAUAUCUGGGAGAAUGAUGAUGAUUUGUUGUUGUUAAUUAUGGUUUUAAUUAUCUCGAUAAUCAGAAUCACACCGGUGGAAUUGAGAGACAUUUUCAAUCUUCCUAGUAGUGAGUGCGGUGCUUAUAUCGAUAACUUAAUUCACAACGACUUGAUCUAUAACUUUGAAAAGUUAAGACACAACUUGGUUAAUGAGUCCACCCUUACUAUUCAAAGUUAUAUCUUGUGUACUGAGUACUAUUUUAUUGAGCAAAGAUAUGAAGAAUGUUGGUCCAUGAUGUUUCACACCUGCUCAAUUGCAUACUCCAUUGGACUACACGUUACCCAACGGUUAAAGUUGAAUAAGCUCAACGAUAUUGAUUUGAAUACCAAUAUUGAUACCACUCUCGAUGAAAAUGAAUACGACGAGAUGGAAGAUAUAACCAAGUUGAAAAUUUGGUUCUCCCUUAGAAUAUUGAGUGAUAAGGUAUGUUCAGUAUUGGGAAGACCCAAUCCAAUUUCUUUCCAGGUCAAUUCAAUCAUCUUGAAGUAUAACCAAAACUAUUCCAACAUCAAUCUCCGGAAAAACACCACCUCCAUUCUCUUGAGAAUCGGGUUGAGUGAGUGUCUUAGACUAUCAAACAUGAUGUUGAUUGAGAACUUUAUGAUUGACUUCACAAUGACCGACCUAUUGAACUUGAGCUCAGAAUUUGAGAAGGAGAUUUACUUGUUGGAGUUGUAUUUGACUGAAAUUGAAAAUGAUAGUAGCCACGCAAGCACUGAAAUUGUAUCUUCAACUACCAGCAACAGCAGCGGCGGCCAUGGAGGAGUAAGCGAAAUUGUUGGAUCCGUUUCAACAAGCUAUGAAAUCAAUGAUAGCAAUGGUAGUGACGGGCAUGACUCAUUUAAUGAAUUGAGUUAUGAUGAGCUGAACUACCUUCCCAUAAAAAUUGAGAAGAUUGACUUAUUGAAUGAUUUGGUGGUGUUUUACAUCAAUAAAGCCAAAUUGUUUGAACCAUUCAUCGUCAAAUUCAAUAAAGCUGAUGAUGACUCUAUUUUGAUUUUAACCAAUUUGACCAAUUCCAUUAUCAACUUCUUGAAAUUGAUUAUCACAAUCUUUAGAGAAUUCGAGGAAAAAAUAAGCAAGAAGAGAGUGUACUAUUUGAAGGUUGGCAAAUAUUUCCGAAUAAAUUUCCCAUUCUUAAACUCGUUUAUUUAUCAAGGAAUUGUGAUUAUCUUUACUAUGCUUAAUUACAAAUCGAAGGAUUUCGCCAAGCUCAAGUUCAACGAGAAAUUUGAUAACCAAGGGUUUUUGAAGAGUUUAAAAUCCCAGCUCACAAUUCUACUCGAUAUCAAUCAAAGUUUUGAGGAGAGAAUCUGGUCCAUCAAUACAAUUUACCUUAUCAAUCGUAAUUUGGGGCUUAUUGAAUCUAUCGAAAAGCAUAUAUACCAGAACAAUUUUGAUGAGGAAUUUGCCAAUGCUCUUCUUAACCAACCGAAUUUCCAACAGCAACAAUCACAAUCGGCUGCAAAUAAUUUAGGCAUUAUCAACGGAUCGCCAAUUUCAAUUAAUUCGAAUACCCAAUGUACUUCCAACUAUCUUAUGAACUUCAACUUCAAUGACCCAUUCUGGAUUACCAACCCAGAUAAUUUACCUUACUAUCUUGGAUCUCCUAAUCAAGAGUUUCAUAAUCAGGCAGAGGAGGAAACGAAACACAACAAUUUCAAGGAUAUGGAAAUUGACUCUGAACUGAGAGGUUCUUUCAGGAGCACACAAUUCAUCCAGAACCAGACACACCAUGAACAACCACUCACUCAGCCGGGCAAAGAAUUCACCAGUCUCAAUGAUCAAUUUAAUCAAACACAAAUAGGAAAACCGAAACUAAGCUUUGAUGAAGAAAAGCACAAGAAGAUCAAAUUGGAUGAUUUCAUUCAUUCUGAGUUCGACAAGCAGAAUUAGGCUGAUAAUUCCGUCGAAUUGUAUUAUAGACUUAAACAGAGGCCAAAUAUAUAGAUUAUGUGGGAUGCAAAUUAUUAGUAUUUGUCUCUAGAGUAUGACCCCGCACGGGGCUUGGAAACCUCUUGGAAUCUUUUUGAAGUUACAGUAAGAAAUAGAUUAUUGCUGUUAAUCAGCAAGGAAUACUAGAGUGCAAUAAGCAUUUCUUGGUGCUUUCAAGGGCUCUUAGGAAUUGUAGUUGAGAUCAGAAACAGCAAAACAUGCGCACUUCCCCAGCCAGUUGAGGGC